GCUACUUCGCAAACCUUUCUUACAGGGGAAAGAUGUCUGAUGAAGAUGUGUUGCUAUUGGGUAGAAAUUUAGCGCCAAGAACAAAUGCGUCAGCGUCAUAAACAUCCUCAGAAUCGAAAACAUGGAUACUGUCACCGUCCAAACUAUCAUCCUUCUGGUUUUAUUGGUUGGAAAUCUUUUGUUCGGGACUCUUCCUUCAAUUUGCCUGAGACUAAUCGGAUGCUUUCCUGGUUGCGAACAACACAGCACUGGAAGCAAAUACAGAGUGGUCAGCUUCCUCAUCUAUUUCGGAGGGGGAGUUCUCAUCUCUACGUGUUUUUUGAAUCUCUUGCCUAAGUCGAGGCGUGAUUUUGAGCAGCAUGAAGAAUAUUCUUUCGAGGAACAUGCCGGUGUUCAAGAGGAAAGUCAAAUCUCCUAUUCAAAUCUAAACGAAACAAUCAAACUCUCGCAUCAUCAUAAACACGAGGAACAUUUCCCGAUGCCGGAAUUCAUUGUGCUUUGCGGAUUUUUUGCUGCAUAUGUAGUGAUGGAAGUCCUCCAGCAAUUUACCAUCCCUUUUCGCAGCACAAAACGUCUCCAUGCGGGUAUUCUGCACAAAAGAUUUUGCAGUUGUACCAAGAGAAAUAUGGAAUGUAGUAAGACUUACAAAGCUGUCAAAACAGAGCAAACAAUGUUCGGGAUGGAAAAAGAACAAGCACAGCCAACUGGUGUCAUAGAUGCUGUUCAGCAGUCAGGCAUGCACAGAUCAGUUGAUCCUACUUUAGCUGCAAAAGAAGACUUGCUUAGAUCAUCAAUAAUUGCUCAACCCUUACCAAACUAUGGUACCAUCGUGACUGCUACAGACCAAGCUAUUGCAAACCAAGCCGCAAUCAUUCCACCUACUGUAUUAGUUACGAAUGACGGUUCCCUUGCAGUUGUAAAAACUACAAGAGUACCUGUUCAUAACAAGUAUCCUAGAGACAGCGUAGUGACUGUUUUCUCUUUAUCAUUUCAAGCCAUAAUGCAAGGCAUAAAAGCUGGACUCUUUGCCUCAGCGUCACGAAGUUGGAUUGAUCUGCUACUGAUAUGCGCACAGCAGUUUUUAAUUACAUUCGUUGUGGGUUGCGAGCUUUUAGGUGGCACUGAAAAGUUACAUCAUAUAGUGCUUUUUGUCGCAGUUCUGUCCAUGAUGUCUCCAGUUGGAGUGUUGAUCUCAAUGUUCGCUUCAAAUUCUGUCACACACAUACCAUAUCUCAUUACAGGGACAUUGAAUGCCAUGACCUGUGGUUCAUUGUUGUAUAUUGUAUUUUAUGAAAUAUUACGUCAUAAUCGUCCUGAUGGCAUAAGACAUUUUCGCAAAUUUUGUGCAAUUACAUUGGGUUCUGGAAUCAUGGCGGCGCUGGAGUAUAGUCCAGAAGUAUUGUAAAUAUUUAUCUUGUUGUUUAAAUAUAUAUUGCAUUAUGAAUUUUGUAAAUUUUACUUUUGAUUAAAAUGUUUUUAAAAAA